AUGUCCACGACAGUGACCAUGCUUGAAACCUACGACGCUCAAAUGCUAGAUUACCAAAACGAUACAGACGUGGCCAUGCACCCUUCCUCAGAUCCCUGGCUAAAUGAAGCUACAAUGGACGACGACACUUUCACCAACGAUGCUACGAUUGAAGUCGACAUGGACGGCUUGCAGGAGGAUCAAACGACGGAAUACGAGAUGACCGAUGAAGCUGAGAGCUAUGCCCCGGAAAUGGUAGACAUAGAGGUGGAGGAUGCCUCGCCGCCUCAGCCAGCGCCACUUUAUGACUCGUCGAUAAUACCCAACGCUGCGACAUCGACCACACAACAGCCAGCCGAUAUCUCAAUCCCUCCCAACUCUACACCACCACAUUCUGCAGCGACUUUACCUCCAGAUUCCCUAUAUCCCGUAGAUUCGCAGCUUAACGAGCCAUACGCCCCAACAGAUAUACUAGUGGAAGAGCCUGUACCAAGUAUCCAUCUUCGUUCAACGCCACCUCAGACGACGCAGUCCCCACUGGAUACUCAUGCAGGACACCUCUUGACACCCGACUUAUCUCGCCCGGCCGCAGAACCCAUAACAAUUUCACUUAGUUCCUCAUUUCAAACAGGGGAAUAUGCAGGUUCUGUAGAGGGUGGAGCUUACGCGGAGGUUCCAGUCUCUGCCGAUGUUCCAGAGUUGCAACAUGAAGAGGGCGACCAUGAGCCGCACACGAUGCCAGAGGAAGAGCAUGCACCCACAGACGAGCCCUCAGGACAUCCGAUCGUGCAGCCGGCCCAUGUUGAAGAGGAGUAUGCUGCUGAGGCUACAUACCAGCAACUCCAGCAGACUGUAAACGCGGAGGCCGCUGAACAGCAGCAGCAGCAGCCCGAAACGGCCGCUGACGAGACCCACGCCCCAGUAGAGUCUAAUGAUCCUCAUGAGAUUUCGGAAGGCGUGUAUAUUGAUCCUCCGCCCCCUGUUUUGAUUUCUCUCGAAUCUUCCGAGUACCCUAACAUAUGCUUGUUUAACCGACCGUCGUCCCGCUCGGGAACACCUUCUAGUCCAACUGCAGAAUCCCCUCCUGGAUCAGAUUGUCUCGUACUUCUACACCACCAACCAGUCCUUUACUACGAGCCUUUGUCGUCUGUCUUUGAGGCUCUUCGACAUGAAGAGUAUCUCAUGAAUUCGCCUGAUCUUCGGGAUGGCGAGUUGAUACUAGACGCAUACGAUCUUCAGCUCGCCGUAUCCGAGGACAAUGUAUACGCACGUGAAGUCACUUUGCACGAUCUGAAUGUCAUCCACGAUGGUUCUGACAUAGCAGGACCCCUUCGUCUGCGUCUCAGGUCUUCUGUGCCUCGUUUUGCUUUUAGGUACCAUCAACUUCGCGACCAAAUAGCGCGGCUCCAUCUCGCCACAGAAGCAGCAGAAGUAGCCGAGAACGCAGAACAUCAGCCUGUCGAGGAUUCCUCCCAUGAGCAGGCUGCCCCGGAGACUGAACAGCCCGAAGCCAACGCUGUGCCCGAGCCGAGUCUACCACAGGACACAUCGACAGACGCACCCGAAAAUGACCGUCUGGACGAGAAUAAAGACGAAGCAGCCCAGGAGCCAUUCCUAACUUCGGGAGCGCAAUGGGACGACCAUAACGGUGAGGCACAAACUGAUCCCAACGACACCCAAGAAGGCGAACAUGAAGGUCUCAACACCUUUGACUCACUACCCGAAGAGGAUGCACACGCGGCUGACGGCGCCGGCGAACCUUUCGCUCCACUAGACGUCCCCGACGUCUAUGAAGAAGCAGAAACUGGCGAGGAAUCAACUGUCGCCCAAGAGUCAAAUGACUACGCGGAGGAUGACGCAACGCAUGAAGACGUCGAACAGGAUUAUCCAGACCUCCCUGACGACGACGACGACGGUGAUGAUGGCUUCGAAGCUGCACCACAUGAAGCCGUCGACGAGCCUGUAUUACCAACGGUACUUGAUACAUCUGACGAGACUCAAGAACCACCCCCUGAGGACGGUGUGGGGCAAGAUACCUAUGAAGCACCAACAGAGGAAUCAGUUCAACAAGAGGACGCUGCUUCUGUGUAUGUCGAUGUAGAAGAAUCGAUUGUACCAACAGAGCUAACGGAUGCGGCUGAAGCUGUCGAACAAGCAGGCUUAUCAGCAGGAAUAGGUUCUAAUAUCCCUGACAGCGGCGACGUCGACGCUGCUCUCGACACACCUCUUGAAGCUAGCGGUUUAAAAAAUGUAGAGCCCCACCUACAAGAGAUUAAUGAGUUCGAGGAAUGGGACGACGAGCUCGACGGUGAUGGCGAGCUCGAUUCUACAUGGGAUGAGCAAGACUCUCCUUCAGCACAGUCGUCCGUUACAGUUUCUAGUACGAAAACUUCCAUGAAGCGCAGCUUGGACGAAACAGACUUCGAGGAGCUUGUUCAAGAGGAGGAGGAAGUAUCGCCCGGAUCUCCUCAUUCCAAACGAGUGCGCACGCAGUAA